UCCACUCAAAAAAUCCCUUUCAUUCUUCCAAUCUUCCACUGUUCUGCCCCUUCCACUCCCCUCCCAAUCACAACCCCACCAUAUUUUUCUUGUAGAUUCUUCCAAAAUCACCAUCAUCCCCCACCAAAAUCCAAUCUUUUUCCAAACCCACAUUACAAAAACCUCAAUUCUCCUCAAUUCAACCUUUUUCUUUCACACAAACAAUGAAAUUUCAACAACACGUACACAACAAUACAACAACACACAAAUACAGAGUCUUGAUUGUAUCUACAGCUGAAAAAGUCAUACAAAAUUGAUCGGAUGAAAUUAUGUCUCCUGGAAUUAAUUUAGUGAUGACUGUAAUUGGGUCUACAGUGAGUACUAUGUUCAUCGUCUUCGUGUGUACAAGGUUAAUAUGUGCUCGUAUUCAUUACAUAUCUGCAAGAAGAUCGUUUCGUAUGUCUUCUAGAUCUGAUCUCAACGCUCGGGAGCGUGGCAUGCGUGGUGCUGAAUCUUUCAUUGCAGCAAGCUUCCCUACAAAGAAGUAUAGCGAUCCGUUCUUUUCUUAUGCAAAAGAUGCUCAAUGCAUAGUUUGUCUUUCAAACUACCAUGCAGAUGACACGCUUCGCAUUCUGCCAUCAUGCGGACACUUUUUCCACUCAUCAUGCAUCGACAUAUGGCUGCAGCAACACUGCACGUGUCCCGUUUGUCGAGUCUCGUUACGUGAAAUAUUUAACAACCCGUGCCCGUUGCAACCCAUGUACAGUUCAGCUGUCAGAUUCUCAUCAAGAGCAGCUGACAGUAAUAGGAUGGACCCCACCACUGAAAGUCAACCACGGUCAACUGACAACAUACAAGAAGCAGGACCAAACAGCUCAAACACAAACGAUAAUGGUCCAGCUGGGUCGAAAAAUUCGGUGAGCAAACAAUUUGAAAGCCCGUCGGAUGUUUAAGAUGUAGUCAAAGUUUGCAGGGUUUGAGUGAUGGUAAAAUGUGAAAAAGUCAAGGGUGUUUAACUGUUUAUCAUCUCUUUAGGAAUUUGUUUGUUUUGUCUACUACUAGUAUUUGUAAAUAUUGAAAAAUCAGAACAGUUUGACACGUAAAUAGAUUGUUUUUGCCAUAGUUGUAUACAUAUAUCUAGAAAGUUGACUUUUU